UUGUCGUUCCGGAAUAUUUUAUCGAGGUUAAGGUUCGUCGAUGGACCGUACUCUAUCAACAAUUAUAUGCUCGUUUGAGGUCUGGGACUGACUUUGUAUGUUCCCCGCGCGUCUUGACAGUCGGAAAGCUUGCAUGAGGCAGGCAAGAACGUUUUCAGGGUUAUCUCCGAGGAGCUUUAUCCCACAAGCUGAAAGUUCUUUGUCAGAGAAGCACGGCCGUGGAGUACAAAGGAUCGACCACUCUUUCUAGAGAGAAGACCAUUCGAAUCAGCUGAGAGGUCCUUUCCUAUCCUUGCCCCCUAUCUUCCAUCUGCUUUAAGACCCACGUAGCUAAUUGUGCAACACUUGUGGACUAGAAAUUGAAAGAAAGACCUGUGAUAUUAUGUGCACUUCCGAAAUGUCAGAAAACAGUGACUCCAAAGAUCUCGUUUCAAGUGAUGGGAAAGACGCGUCUGAUUCUGGCACCAGAAACAGGGUUACAUUUGAUGAUGUCCUGGUAGAGUUGGGCGAAUUUGGAACCUAUCAGAAGAUAUUCUAUUUCUUAUUUUCCGUUCCAUUUGUGGUGUCUUCCAUGCAACUCCUUGGAUGGGUUUUCGUGGGAGCCAAUCUUCCUCAUCGAUGCCGAUUCCCCGAUGAGCCAACAGACCUUGAAACGCCCGGAAAUUUCGACUUUGUCUCUGACACUUACGUGUCUGUGGAUGGUUGUUCUUAUAUUAACCUCAUCUCUAACGAAACCCUAACAUGUGAUCUUGGCUACAUUUACGACACGUCCAUCAUCGGGGAUUCCGUGGUCAAAGAUUGGGAUUUGAUUUGUGAUAGGAAGAGCUGGAGAGCCACAAUAGGUGCGGCUCCCAUGGUUGGCUAUCUAAUUGGUGGACUUCUCACUGGCUACCAAUCAGACAAGUUUGGACGCAAGCCAACCUUUAUCUCGUCCAUCUUUUUGCUAUUUGUAUCCGGAUUGGCAACGGCCUUUGUGCCGGGGUUUUUCAGCUUCACUCUGGCUCGAUCCGUUGUUGGAUAUGCCAUUGCCGGGAUCGACAACACUUGCUUCACAAUGGGAUUGGAAUUGGUAGGCCCUUCAAAGCGAACCUUGGCAGGCAUUGCGUGCUGGUUCUUCGAGACCUCCGGCCUUCUAUGUGCGGUGGCUUUGGCGUUUCUUUUGAGUAACAACUGGCGAUUGCUUCAAAUAUGCUACUCUUUGCCUUGCAUAAUUUUCAUAAGCUAUUGGUGGUUCGCACCAGAGUCAAUUCGGUGGUUGAUUGGCCAAGGCAAGAGAGAGGAGGCCAAACAUCUGAUUCAAAAAUCCGCACAUAUGAAUAAGGUCAACUUGUCCGACGGCCUCAUCGAAGAUAUGGAAAACACUUUAGAAGAGGAAAUGGAAGAAGAAGAAUCCAGGACCUAUACCUUUGUCGACCUAUUCCGAUAUCCCCAGAUGAGAAUCAAAAGCGUCAUCAUCUUGAUCUGCUGGCUAGUUUGCCCUGCCCUCUACUACGUUCUACUCCUGGAUCAAAGCGAAAUCUCUACCAAUCCCCACAUUGGAUUCUUCAUAACGUGUGCCGUUCAAAUCCCGGGUUACAUUUUCGUCAUAUUCACACUUGAGAGAAAAACCUUUGGUCGCAAGCGAUCCCAAUGUGCUUACCUUCUACUAACCGGUUUGAUGCUGAUCGUCCAUCCCUUGGUCCCCGAGGAAUGCUAUUGGCUCAGAAUAAGCUUCUCAAUUUUUGGACGAUUUUGUGCCAAUUGUGCCUACACGGUGCUCAAUCUGUAUUCGGCAGAGCUUUAUCCAACCGUUGUCCGAGGGGUGGGGAUUGGGUCGUCUUAUGUCAUAAGUCGUGUGGGCACCAUUCUCUCUCCUUACUUGUUGCUCUUGGGCGAAAUGUCGCCAAUCAUUUUUGGGUCCGGUGCUUUUUUGGCGGGAAUUUCAGCGUUGCUGUUGCCAGAGACCCUUGGCAAACCUUUGCCUGAAACCCUGCUUGAUGGAGAACGAAUGCAAAGGGUCAUUUUGCCAUUUUGCAAAGACUCGGAUAAUCCUUUGGACACUAUCAAAUCUGCUAUGCAGAGUGAAAAAUCUCCUUUUAAGCGUAAUUUACAACGGGAUGACUCAAAGUGUUAAUCAUGUAUCAGAUUCUUCAGAGUGCGUACUGUGUACGCGUUUUAGUUGGUAAAUUUAUGUUCCCUUUCUUUAAGCCAUAAUUCUAUCGUCCAUGUCAACCUAUCAUGCUCGUGUAGGGACACAAAAUAUCAAUGUACAUCAGCUUGUACUCCAUGAACUAGUCAGCCCUCAGAAUUGUGUGAAGUACCGGUAUUCCUGCCAACAGAUUACUCAUUUCGCCAUACAACCCUUUUUUCUUGAACUCUUCAACUCAAAAUAAAGUAUUCCUUCAUCA